AUGGUUUUGAGCGAAAAGAAUUUCACUCGCCGCGUUAAGAGUUUAAAUAAAUAGUCUGUAUGGAGGUAAAUAUGUUAGAUAUAUACUUUCUGUGACAAAACGACUACUAACCCACCUGUGACGCACGUGACUGUUUCAUUUUAAUGUCAGGAUCUUAAGAGAUCACUGAAGAUGCCUCUCUUUGGAAAUACAUUCAGUCCGAAGAAGACUCCUCCUCGCAAGUCUGCAUCUCUGUCCAGCCUUCACACGUUGGAUCGUUCAACAAGAGAAAUAGAGCUGGGCCUCGAAUAUGGACCUCCUGUAAUGAACCUUGGAGGUCAGAGUUGGAAAUUUGAAGAUGGACAGUGGAUAUCAGAAUCGGGUGGGAAUGCAUCUGGUAGGGAGGUGCAGCGGCUUAAGAAAAGAAAUGUACAGCUGGAGGAAGAGAACAACCUCCUGAAACUAAAGAUUGAAGUUCUCUUGGACAUGGUAAGAACUGAGCAGCUUUAAAUAUGUCUUAUCACCCCGUCAUCCUCA